AUGAAUAAUAAAAAUAAUAGUGGCUUUAGAUACCUGGGUAAGAAGAUAUCGGAUGAAAGGGAAAAGGCCGAUGAAGAAGAUGAUUGUUAUAACUAUGAAGAGUUUCCAAUCAAAGAUUUUGACACAUCAGAUAAUUUCAAUCACUGUUUUAAUAAAAGAAAUCCAAUCCAAAAUAUAAAUAUUAAUAAUAUUUUUCCAAAAUCAAAUAGUUUUGAUAACCUUAAUAAAUAUAUAUCUAAUAAUUUCAAUGGAAAUGGUGUCUCCCCAAAAGAUCAAUGUGGAUAUAGAUCAGAAAACAAUACCCCAAUAAUUCAUUUAGUUGACAGCAACUUUGUGAACCUAUCGCCCACCCUCUCAAGUCAUCAAACCUCUUUGAAUGCCCCUGCCUCUCUUCCAUCUCACCUCCAAACGUUAAAUUUAUUUACCCCUGUUGUAUAUGAUUUAUCUCAACAAAAUAAUAUACCAGAUAUUAAAAUUAAUCAACUUUAUCAAAAUCCAAAGAAUAAUCAAUAUGAAUCAAAUUAUAACCAAAAUCAAAAAACACAAGUAUUCCAACACAAACAACACAAACAACAAAAGCCAUACCAACUACAACAAUUUUCACCAUCAGAACAGUAUAAAGAAGAAAAUAAUCAACCAAACCAAAAAAAACAAACUUCAUUUUAUACCCAUCAACAUCAACAUCAAAACCAACACCAACAUCAAUAUCAAAAUAAGCAUAAUCAACAACAGCAGCAACAACAGCAACAGCAGCAACAGCAGCAACAGCAGCAACAGCAACAACAGCAACAGCAGCAACAACAAAAUCAAAAUCAAAAUCAAAAUCAAAAUCAAAAUCAAAAUCAAAACCAAAAUCAAAAUCAUAGUCAGAGCCAAAAUCAAAAUCAAAGUCAAAGUCAAAGUCAACACAUUAAAAAACCAUAUAAUCAAAACUUAAAAUAUACAUCAAAACAUAAUUAUGAACAACCAUAUAACUACAAUAAUAGCAAUCACCAUUGUGUUCAAAAGAAUAAAGAUAAUAUUAGAUUCAGUGAUGAGGAAAAUAAAAAUUCUCAACACCUAAAUAAAAAUAUUUCUAAUGGUGGUAAAAAUAACAACAGAUUCAAUACCAAUGACAACGUCUCCAACCUUAAAAACAAUAAUACCCCUAAAAACAGUAAUUCAAAAACAAAUAAUAAUAAUAAUAAUAAUAAUAAUAAUAACAAUAAUAACAAUAAAAAUAGUAAUAAUAAAAAUAGUAACAAUAAUAACAAUAAUAAUAAUAACAAUAGUAAUAAUAAUAAUAAUAAUAAUAAUAAUAAUAAUAAUAAUAAUAAUAAUAAUAAUAAUAAUAAUAAUAAUAAUAAUAAUAAUAAUAAUAAUAAUAACAAUAAUAAUAAUAAUAAUAAUAAUAAUAUUAAAAAACUAUUAUAUAAUGAAGGUAAAAUAAAGUUUGAAAAUACACCAAUGGGUAUGGCUUUAAUUCCAGAUUUUUUUAAUGUGAAUGAAGAAUUUGAAGAAACGGUUAUUAUCGAAAAAAAAGAACUCACUAAAACCAAUGAUGGUAAGACUAACUAUGUCCCAAAAGAACGAUUUCUUCAAGUUGAGGGAAUACCAUAUUCUUCUGUAGAGCUUUUGUCAAUUAUUUCAAAAUUUCAUUUACCAAAAAUCCAUCCCAAACAAUUACAAAAAAAAGAGUUGUUUAAAAAGUUAAUAGAUCAAAACCCAGGUAUUUUUAAAUUUAGGGCAUUUAAGUAUGAUGGUGAUUUAAUUUAUAUGUAUUCACAAAACAAAUUUAAUGGCUUUUCAACAACAAUCGAAAAUCAUUCCAUUGAAAUAACUUUUGAUAAAGAAGUUUCAUCUUUUAAUGAACAAUACCCAAAAAAUAUUGAAGCCAUUAAAUUUUUAAAUAUUUUAAUAAAAUCUUUUUUUAAAAAUAUCGGUUUUUCUCAGCUUGGAAAAAAUUAUUACUCUAAAGUAGUCGAUCCACUCUCAGAUUUUAGAUUAAAUAUUUAUAAUGGAUUUGUUUCAUCGACUCAUUUAGUAGAUGGAGGUAUUGCAAUGUUAUUCGAUGUUUGUUCAAAAAUAAUUAGGUCAGAAACUAUAUUAGAUAAAAUGAAAGAACUUGGUAUGGAUAGAAGAGAUUGCGAAGCAGAGUUUAUUGGGAAAGUAGUUUUUGCAAAAUAUAGCAAUAGAAAUUAUAGAAUUACCAAUAUUUCAUGGGAUAAAUCCAUAAAUGACAUUAUGAGAAAAGAUAUCACUUUCAAAAGAUAUUUUGAAGAAAGUUAUGCAAUCUCACCACUUUUAUCAUUAAAUCAACCAUUGUUAGAAACUAUCGUAUCAAGAGGCACUGAAAACAUUACCAUUUAUUUAGUACCAGAAUUAUGCUUUCAAACAGGUCGACCAAGCUUUAGUCAAGAAAAUGAAAUUAAAUUAAAAAAUGAAAUUGAUCAUAAAACAAUGCUAGCCCCACGAGAUCGUUUCAAGAUUUUAACCGAUUUUAUGAAUUAUCUAACAACAAACAAACUAAUUGCAAAUCAAUUAAAUAGUUGGGGUAUAAAAAUUGAAAAACCAAUUCAAAUUAAUGCAGUUAAAUAUGAAGUAAAAACCUUGCCUAGUAAUGAGGAUUGUUUAAAGAAUGUAUGCUGGUCUCUAAUAGGUCUUCAAACUGAUAUUGAAGGUAAUGAGAGAAACCUUUCAAUUCUCUGUCAAGACUAUUGCAAACUAUCCAAGCCAUAUAGUGUCGUAAAGGUUAAAGAUAUCAAAAGCUAUGUAGAAUUAUUUGAAAAAGAAAUCAACUCACAAACUGGACCAAGGAUAGAAUUGUUUAUUGUUAUUCUUCCAACUGAAAACCACAUUGAAAUCUAUAAAAGUAUAAAAAGAAUAUCAUUACUUAGAAAGAAUGCCGUAAUUACACAGUGUAUUAAAAGUAUUAAGCUCAACCAAAGAAUUAAUUUAAUUUCAAAAUCAAUUGCAUGUCAAAUUAUUGCUAAAAUUGGAGAGUAUCCAUGGAUUAUCGAAAAUACAUCAUUUUCACAAAUACCAAAAUAUACCAUGGUAGUAGGAAUUGAUGUCACACAUAACCCAGAGAUCAACUAUUCAGUUGCAGCUUUUGUUUCAUCAAUGAACAGCACCCAUUCAAAAUUCCACCACAAAAUUAAUAUUCAGUCUUAUUCAAAAGAAAUAUUAGACAGCGAUUUUAUUUUAAAUGCAACCAUCGAAUCAAUGACAAUCUAUCACAAACUUAACAACGCAUAUCCAGAUCUAGUUAUUGUUUAUAGAGACGGUGUUUCAGAUGGUAUGUUAGAUACAGUAAGAUCACAAGAGGUUAGUUUUGUUAAACAAGCAGUUGGAGCAUUAUCAGAUAAAACAAAGUUAAUUUUUGUUAUAGUAAAAAAGAAUACAAAUACCAGAUUUAUUGACAACAAAAACAACUCUAACCCUCCACAUGGCACAAUGGUUAGUGGUGGUGUAACAAAUCCACAGUGGUAUGAUUUCUUUCUUGUUUCCCAACUAUCAAGCGAAAAAACAAAAUCAUCAGUUAAACCUACAAACUAUCAUAUCAUUCACAAUGAAACAUCAAUCCCAGCUGAUUCUUUUCAAUACUUUACAUUUCAAAUGUCAAAUCUUUAUUUCUCAAUUAGCAACUCAGUGCGUACUCCAGCACCCUGUCAGUAUGCUCAUAUUUUAGCUUAUUUUAUUGGGAAAUAUUUUAGAACAUUAGAAAACAACAAUAACCAUAGUUUUAAUAUCCACCCCAAUAAAAAUAACAACAACAAAUGUAGUAAAACAUCAACAAUAUCUCCAUCAGUUCCAUUUGAUGAAAAAUUAUUUAAUAAGCUUUAUUUCUUAUAA